AACCCUUCAAAACUCACCUACACCCAAUCACCAUGGAAGCAAACAUUGAAGUUUAUCCUCCUUUCUCCUACUAUCCAAUCCUAUUCAAAAUUCUCUAUCUCCCAUCAAACCCCUUUGUCUCUAACAAGAGCUUUCUCUCAAACCCUCACCAUGUUCAUAAACUUUCAGUCUCACACCUUCGCCGGCAACCCUCUACACUCCAAAUUCUCGAGUGAAGCUUCUUCACCCUCAGAAGCUCUCGAAGCCCUCAACUCCAGAAUUCUAAACAACGCACUCUCUUCUUCCUCCCCGAGCUUCAAGGUGCUGCCUUUCAGAAAUGGGAGGCCUUUAGCCUCCUCCACCGCCGGCACCGGCGACUCGCCUCCGAUUUGGCAUCUGGGUUGGAUUGGAUUGAACGAUCUCAGGGGCAUUUUUGAGAAUUCCGGUGCCCAGUUGAGCGUGGACUCGUUGGUGUAUCUGGGUUCGAGUGCAGAGGACAACGCCGUUUACUGGGCAAUCGAUGUUUCCGCUAAGGUACCUGAAUUGGAUAGCAACAUGGAGUUGUGCUUUGUGGAGCUUCGAACGCUCAUGGUGGCUACCGACUGGGCCGAUUCCCAAGCAAUGGGAAACUUGGCUAUUGCAGGUCAUGCUAAGGCACUGCUGGAAUGGCAUAAUAUUUCACGAUUUUGUGGAUAUUGCGGGGAGAAAACAGUCCCCAUGGAAGCUGGGAGAAGGAAGCAAUGUUCAAAUGAUUCAUGCAAGAAGAGGAUAUAUCCACGUGUUGACCCGGUGGUCAUUAUGCUUGUAAUUGAUACAGGGAGUGACCGUGCUCUUUUGGGAAAACGACCGAUGCUUGUACCCCGAUUGUAUAGCUGCUUAUCAGGUUUCACAGAGCCAGGAGAAAGCUUGGAGGAAGCUGUAAGAAGAGAAACAUGGGAAGAGACUGGUAUUGAAGUGGGAGAAGUUGUAUAUCACAGUUCUCAGCCAUGGCCUGUUGGACCAAAUAGUAUUCCAUGCCAGCUGAUGGUUGGAUUCUUUGCAUAUGCAAAAUCCCUUGAAAUAACUGUGGACAAGAAAGAGUUAGAAGAUGCUCAGUGGUUCAGUAGGGAAGAUGUAAGAAAAGCGUUGACGUUUGCUAAAUACAAGAAAGCCCAAAGAACUGCAGCAACAAAGGUGGAACAAAUGUGUAAGCGAGUAGAAAAGAAUCAGAGUUUGGCUGCAGAUUUCACCGUGGAAAGUGCUGAUGAACAUGCUUCGAUAAUUGUUCCUGGACCCUUUGCAAUAGCCCAUCACCUUAUUUCAUCUUGGGCUUUCUCAGAUCAAAAUGUAGGAAAUGGUGUUGAAAGCAAUUCAAAACAACCUGUCGGAUGUAUUACAAAUUCGUAGGAGUGACUGAAAUUCUUUUUCAAGGAAGCUUUGGAAAUAAAGCUUAUGUUAUUACUUAGAAGUAUAAUAUAUCUUUUUAUCUCCAAGAAUGUAUAGGGGUUCUGUGCCGAUGAUGGAAUUUUCCCAUCAAAUCGUUUUGAACAUUCUGCACUUCUGUUAUUGGAGAGCUUGACUUUUGAUUUUGCAUUAUUAUUUCAUGUACAACACGUAUUCUGUAUUAUCUCUGAACCUUAUUAGUAUUAUACAAGACCAUCUGCUUUCUG